AUGUUUGGCACGCGAUGCUUGGCUGGUGCCCUGAUGGUGGCCAUUCUCCUCAUGGCUCAGGUGUCUGAUGCCUUGUAUUUCUACUUGGAGGGUUCCGAGAAAAAGUGUUUCCUUGAGGAACUACCACAAGAGACCUUGGUUACAGGCAUUUAUAAAGCUGAACAAUUCUCUGCCGUCCAAAACCAGUGGAUCGUCAAUCCCGAAGUGAAAAUCCAGAUUACGGUCGAGGAAGUGGCUCAAGAACACAUUCUCGUCAACCGACAAGAUCAACCUAGUGGUCGAUUCAUGUUUACUUCAGUGGAUGCUGGUGAUCAUUCGAUUUGUCUUUCAGUUGCAAGCACCUCAUGGUUUGAUUCCACAAAGACGAGAAUGACACUUGAAAUGGAUUUUGAUGACCCAACAGUGGAUCAUGAGCAUGAUCAUGGCGAGGCACUUUCAGAUAUGGCCAGACGUAUUCAUGAUCUGAAUGAGCGAGUACAGGACAUUCGACGAGAACAAUCAGCACAACGGGAACGCGAGGCUGAAUACCGUGAUCAUUCCGAAGUCAUCAAUUCACGCGUUGUGUGGUGGACUUUGUUGCAAUUCAUUGUCCUUGGUGGCAUCUGUGCAUGGCAAUUGAAUCAUUACAAGCAAUUCUUUGUGGCCAAGAAACUUGUCUAG